AUGUCGCUAAUAGGACCAUCAACACCACCCUCAAAUCGGAGUGAUGGUUUGCCAAUUACCAGUUUAACGCUACUUAUUAUCCUACUCUUACCGUGCGUGGUUCUUCUGUUGCUGUUGAACUGUUUGUUUCUGUGUUACAAGUUACACAUUUGUUCAAAGAACAGAAAAAGACGAGAGGACACCGACAGUAUUUUACAGUCUACUCUGUCGACGCGCCAGAGAAUGACCAGAAUAUCCGAGGCGCCAUUGUUGCCAAAUCAAGAUGGGAAAAGGGCUUACAUCUCGGUUUCAGAGACUAUGCUGGCACAGCCCUCGAGUUCUUCAAGAACUUCGUCAAAGGAGAGGGCAGCAGUGGACCAGAGGAUCCGAUUCAUCCGGCCGGACGGGGCCACAGGCGGUGUCUUGGAGUCCCUGAGGGCGCAGAGUACCAUAUUGGCCACAACGGCCGAGGCCACCUCCAGGGUCGACCAGCCCUUUAGGUCACGAAUGUACAGCAGGAACAAAAUGGAAUGGCGCAAAAGCGCCCCUGUCCUACCGCAGUCAAGUGAUUCAGAGGCAGAACGGCCUGACCUCGUACCACCCAACUCACCUGCGCUAAAUAAUCCACACUCAAGGGUUAGUUCGUGGUUUCUAACCUAAAAUUAGUUUAUAUAACCCUUGAACUCUGUCUUGGAUACAUGUGAUGAAUGACUGUUUUACGCACGCAGGUAACACCUGACCAGAGGCCCAUGCGUCGGUGCAGCACCAUGGAGCUAUUGAACAACAUAGGCGAACACCAGUUUGAUAUGGUUGAAUGUGAAUAUGCCAGUAACAUACCUCCAGAGAUCUCAUGCUUUGUUGUAUCUGACAACUCUUCCACCAUGGGCCCUGGAUUGGACAGCGACUUUGGAGCAAGCGCA